AAGGAGCAUUGAUGGUUAUAUCAGGUGAUCUGAUGCACAAUUUUCUAUACAGCAGAGUUUAGAUUUGUUCCCUUACUACCAGGCCUGUAGCCAAAAAGGAAAUUUAAGUGGGGGGUGGAUUGAAACAUUUUUUAAGCUAAUCAUGAAGAGUAGGUCCAUAACACAAAACAGUUCAAAUUAUAUAAUUCAUUCUAUAUUUUUAUAUAGAUUUAAUUAAAUCAAAUUUAUAUUUUAGUUACAAAGUUUAAAGUCUUAAAAAACUGAAAAUGACUCUUAAUGGUAAUUUAUGGUUACAAAAAUGGAAACACUUGAAAACUGUGUCAAUACAUUUUGACAGAAAUCAGGCUCCGUCGACACUCAAGAGUGCAAGUCCAGUCAGUCUUUCUUUCCCAUUGUGCUUCUUAUGUAUUUUUACAAAUGUUUAAGAGUUGAAAAUGACCUUUCAUUUGUAGCUGUUGACACUGGCAAUGUUGCAGAAAUCUGAAGAAGUUUCUUCUCAUUCAGAAAAAACUGUCCAUCACAGACAAGAUGCUUCCAAUGCAUUUGAUGGUUUUUCUGCAGGUGCAAUCUUUUCCCAUUUUCUACACUACAGGUCAAUUUCUUCCAUCAGUGCAUUCAUUGUAAAGUUCUCUGCACUUGUUCAAGUUGGAUUUGAAAUUGUCACAGUUAAUAGAAAGGUUCCUGAACUACUUCCCUGUGCCUUGUAAACCUUUCUUGAAGCUGACUGCACAAAAUGUCCAGAAAAGGAAUGUACACAUUUAACCUAUAAUAUUCCAUUGGUGUUGGUGAAGUUGCCUGCAUGUUGCUUAUACAAGGCUGUCUUGAACAGAUGUGAGGAAUCCUAACUUCUCCAUCCAUAGACUCUACUACUGAUCUUGCUGUGUCAAAGAUCUCUUGAAAUUCUUUCACAGAUUCUGUGCACAUUUCCCUGACCUUUUCUAAGAGACUGUCAGCAUAUUGCAAACUACCAAAAAUGUCCAUAUCUACUCUUUGUAAUGUUUUGCUAAGCUGAAGGGAUGAUGACAGAAGCUUUUUUAGGAUGUGUAUGGUUACUACAAACUCAGCAUUCAGAACAGAUAAAUGGAGGUGUCCAGCUUGGGAAGAAGCCUCACUGUUGUACAGAGGACUCUCUUUUAGUUCUUCAAGUGUUCCCACCACCACACUAUACAGUUCAACAAACUGCAUCAUGUUGCUCAACCCAACGGGUUUCACAAAACAGCAACAGGCUGUUUGCUCUUGAUUCAGGAAAACAGUAUUUUAUAUUUUUCUUCAACAGUUUCAGUCUGAUGGAUGAUGCUCUAAAAAAAUGGCAUACAGUUGAUAUUGUUCCUUGGCAUUUUCAGACAGGUAGAAUGCUGAAAGUCUUUGCUAAGGCUAGAUUUAGUGAGUGAGCACUGCAGUGGAUGUAGACAGCCAUCGGAUACUUCUUCAAUAUAAUUGCCUAUGCUCCACUAAUAUGUCCACAUAUUAGCAGCUCCAUCAUAACCCUGUCUACACAAAUAUUGCAAGUUCAGCCCAAUUUUUCCAGUGUUUUUAAAAUAAAGUCCUCCACCUGUCAUAUCACUUAUCUUCACUGGGCCUAUAAAGUCUUCUCUUAUUCCUGCAACUUUGACAUCAACAUACCUAACCAAGAGCAGUAACUGUUCUGAGGUACUCACAUCCAAAGUUUCAUCUGCCAAAAUAGAGAAACACUGUGAUGCAUUGCAUCUUUCAAUAAUUUUUUGAACUAUCUUGUCACUACAAAUAUUUAAUAGUUCAUUUUGUAUUUGAGGACUGGUAUAUUGGGCAUCCAUAGCUGCAGUUUCAAGAUGACUUUUCAGGUCAGUGUCUCCUGAUCUGACACAAGAUCUCAACAAGGCCUGGAAAUUAUCAUCAUUGGGAAAAAGGUUCUUCACAGGUAAUACGUCCUGAAUCAUUGCUCCCUCCAAAGGCAAGUUCUUGUCACUCACAAAGGACCAUAGUUUCCACAAUUAGCAGGAGUUUAUUUCUGUUUUCUUCUGCUUUCUUCUGCUCUGGAUAAGCGUGAAUAGGUUGUUAAAAUUUGGUUGAGAUAGUGCUUGCAGUUCUGGAGGGAUUCUUAAUUUUUGCUUCUCAUGGACUUGGGGAUUUGGUUAACCAGUUAAAUUCAUGAGUAAACCAGUUUUUUUUUUAACCUGAACUAUUUUUUGGGGGGGGGGGGUGUGAAUCCCUAACCCCCACCCCCACCCCGCUACCGGCUUGCCUACUACUACUACUACUGCUACUACUACUUAUUCUUCAGUUAUAUCCUACCUUUCUCCCAAUAAUGGUAUUCAAAAUGUCAGCAUAUUGAAACAAUACAAAUUAAAAACAACGCAGAAAACAAGAUAAAGAUAUAAAUAUGUUUUUUUUAAAAACAAUUUAUAAAUUAAAACAUUAAAAUGUUAAAAUAAAUUUGAAAAUUAAGUACAAACCUUAGCACUGUUGAUGUUGCACUGCUGCUUCUUUGAAUUCCAUAAAAAAGCAGUCUCAGUUCCUAAAUCUAUUAACGAAACAUUUGAACUGGCUAUACAUUCUCACAAAAUAGACUGUUAACAUUUUGGGCAAUGCAAAACAUGUAAUUAAAAACCUGAUUGAACUUUUUAACGCACCUUUCUAUCAAUAGAAGAUACUGUUGUGACACUAGUUUAAAUACAAUUGCAGUUGGAUCAGAGCCACAGCUUUGCGUUGUGGGUGGCAGGCUCCUCCCCUUGUUAUUUAUGAUUAUUACAUUUAUUUAUAUGCCACUUUCUUUCACUAAUCCAAAUUGCUAAAUUACCAGUAGCAGACUCUCUCUGUCUCUCGCUCUCACCCUCUGCCCUUGCGGUGUCUCAUGUUGGUGGUCUUUCUGCCCGAGCGGGUGUGGGGCAAGGUGGAGAUGAACCAGGAGAUGCUGCAGAGGCUGAUGGACGAAAAUGACCAGCUGAUCCGCUUCAUUGUGGAGUAUCAGAACAAAGGGAGGGCCGUCAAAUAUAUGCAGCUCCAGCACACCCUUUGUCGGAACCUCAUUUAUUUGGCAAUGAUCGCAGAUGCUCCUGCUUCAUCAAACACCAAAAAGGCUGCAGCAGACAGCAGAAGCACAAGACCAUGUUCCUGGGCUCAAUUCUUGCCUCUGGUGUAGCCCUCCUUCCCU